CCUGGGUUGCUGUUGGACAGCACUACUCAUAGGUGACACGUAACUUAUACUAAAGGAAUCCUGUAGGCCUCGCAAAAUAGAUACAGGAACUCCUUGCAAGUCCUUUGCUAAACUUUCUGCGGUGCUAGUUUUGUCUUGUUUAAAUGCAAGGUUGGAGUACUUCUUUGGACAAGGGGAAGAGUGGCAGUAUAUUUUAUAAUCCGAUAUCCCUUUAUCUAAUGAAGACCACUGGGAAAACUUUGGCUAGCGAGCUGAGCGACAACUCAAUAGCCUACCGACAGGAUACUUACAGAGACUAUUGUAAAGUGCAGCGAAGAAAGUGUGACAGGACUGUACGGUUAUUUGCGUUCAUUUGAUCGCACACAGAGUAGGCCAGCCUAUGCUUUAGCCAACGAUUACCUUGCAUGAAAUAAUUGCAUUCCCGCGGUAUAGUAUUCUAAUCGAUCCCUCCGUAAAUUAUUCGGCUGAUGCAUCGGUGAAACAGAACCAGGAAUAAAGGCUGGGCUAAAAGUUUGCUGGAGUUUGAAUUGAAUUAAGUCUCAGCCUGUUCGCACAGCCAGUGUGAAGAAGCAUUGAAUAUGGGCAACGGAAUGUGUUCCAGAAAACAAAAAAAGAUUUUCCAGUUUUUGUUGCUGCUCACCGUGACUUUUGGAUUCAUUUAUGGGACCAUUUUUUCUUACGAAAUGCACAAACAGCUGAAGAGAACAGAGGCAAUGGCAAUCAAGUACCAGCAGCAUCAGGAAUCGCUUUCGGCGCAGCUCCAAGUGGUGUAUGAACACAGGUCAAGGCUGGAGAAAUCCCUGCAGAAAGAGAGACUGGAGCACAAGAAGGCCAAAGAAGAUCACCUUGUGUACAAACUGGAAGCACAACAAACACUGAACAAGGAGAAGCAAGACUCCAGCAACAGAUUUAAUUCAUUGCAUGUGCAGCACCAGAUGCUCAAGAACCAGCAUGAUGACCUGAAAAAGCAGCUCUUCAGCCUCCAGGAUGAGCACCAGGCCUUGAAAGGGGGCCACAUGAAGGUUCUGGAUGACCACAGGCAGAAAUAUGACCAGCUGCAGCAAGCCAGUGAGCUGGAGCUCUCCAAACUAAAAGAAUCUGUGUAUAACCUGCAGGGGGAGAACAGACAGCUCAGGAAGGCCCACCAGGAUGUUCACGUCCAGCUGCAGGAUGUUAGGCAACAGCACAAGGAUUUAAAGUCGUCACAUGACCGACUUGCACUGACGUUACAGGACCACAAGAGUGCGCUGGCGACUGCACAGCUGCAAGUAGAAGAGUACAAGCAGCUGAAGGAGACGCUGAACAAGAUGCCCAGUCUACGGCAGGUGGGUCAAAAUCCAGCACCGCCCCCAGCCAAGACUGCUGCUGCCCUGGGGGUGGACAACACCCAAAAGCAGCUGGCCCACGUGGCUCCACAGGCCCAGGUGGAGGAGGGACAAAGGCACCCCCUGGUGCCCUUGGGCGGGAAGCAGCCGGCUGUAUCCCAGCAUGCAGCUCGGCCGGAUAUCCCAGUCGUCCAAGGGGCGGGGCCUGAGCGGGGCGGGGAGACGGGCGAGAGGCAGGAGGAGGAGCGACGCAGGGAGCUGGCGGAGGAGGAGAUGGAGCAGGCGGGGCAGCCCCAGCACCUGGAAGAGUCGGAGCAGCCCCAGGAAGAGGGUGAGGAGGCCGAGCACGGUCAGCCUGACGAGAAUGCUCUGGAUCAUGACAAACGGCAAGAUGCGCAGCGCCUCGCACAGAUACCUCAGCUGGACGUGCGGCCGGAGCCGCCCGCGCAGGCGGAGCGGGUGAAGUCUCCGUACGAGCAGCAGCAGGAGCAGCAGCGCCUGGCCGCGCAGCAGGCGGAGGAGCGCAGGCAGCUGCAGCUGCGCCAGGAGGCCCUGCAGAAGCAGCGGUGGCAGGCGCAGCGGGACAGGGAGCUGCUCCUGCGCGCUCAGCGGGAGAGAGAGAUGCAGCAGCACCGGGAGGCCAAUCGCAAGGAGCAGCUCCUCCGAGAGCAGCAGCUCAGACAGAGGAUGCAGUAUGAACAUAUUGACACAGGCAUUGUUCAAGGUGAGGAAGACUGGAAGAAGGAAGCAGAAAUGAGGAAACUGAAGGAAGGGGAGGAGAGACCACAGGAAGUGGGCCGUGGGAGACAUCCGGAGGGGAACCUGGCGGAGAAGGACCUGAAUCCUGAGGACGACCCCAACAACCAGGGCGAGGACGAGUUCGAGGAGGCGCAGCGCGGGGAGGCGGGGCCACCAGGGGGGAACCUGGAUCAGCGGGCCCAUGAGAACCCAAAGCCUGCAGUGGUGGAGAGAGACGGGAGAGGAGGGAGAGGGGCUCUGGAGAUUGCUGGAAAUCCAGACCAACAAGAAGACGCCCUGGAUGAGCAGUACCAAGAAGAGGGAGAGGAGGAGAAGAGAGAGGAAGAGGUGUUGGAAGAAGACCCGUACAAUGACGACAACAGGGAACAUGCUAACGUGAAACCACACGAGGGCCUAGAAAAAGAACACAGAGAUGUCAGAAAAUUGGGAGCAGCCAACGAGGAGGAAGAGAACUAUGAGGAGGAAGAUGAGGAGGAGGUUGUGGAGGAUGAUGAGGAAGGAGCGCAUGACAAGCCAGCCAACCGCAGGGCAGAGAUGUGAGAGAGUUAUUCCAGCUUCUUCUUCUUUCCUCAGGCUUUACCAGAUUUUUUCCCCAAUCUUUAAAAACAAAGACUUUUUCAUAUUUUGUUUUGAGAACUCACUUUACUGGGACUGGCCAUGAUCAGGUCUGCUGGGAGAUGGAUGUAUAAUUUCCUUUCUGGGAUUGGAACCAACCACCACCUUCCUCAAGGAUUGAAGAAUUUAGGACACGUCUACAAAAAAGAGGGAUCUGACUGUCUGAAUGUCUUGCCAAGAGAACACUAUCAUAAAUGCCUUAACAGGAGUGAAUAGUGUGAAACAAGAAAUCUGAUGGAGUAGAUUGAACAAGAGGUCGAUGUUGAAGAAAGGCCACUGCUGUACACUACAUUUUUUAUGAGAAGGAUUGAUAUUUAAUUUUAUAUGGUUAUUAAUUAUGUUUUAUAUGCUUGUUUAUAACAAUCAAAUCUCCCACAUGCAUUGUACCUACAGGAGAAACGAUGAAAGAGAUUUGAAACUAGGAAAGCCACUGCGUAAAAAAAAUCAAAGCAACUUCCCUUCCAUUAGGAAUUCCAUUACUGUGGUAUUUGGUACCAAAAAAAAGUUCAAAAAUUUCAGGUAAAAUUCAAGACACUGUGUUUGAAUUAAAUUUGAAUGCAAGUGCAAUAAGAGUAGAAACCGUGAAGGACAGUUGCUAAAGUGCUGUAUGGCUCAAUAACCUGUUGGAGAUGCAAGGGGAUGAAUCCAAAGGGUUUACUGUACUUUGCUGUUGUUGACCAAGCGCCAUAUCUUCCCUCUGGUAGAAUGGAAGAAAGCACUUGUUUAGUACAAUGGGAGAAAAGCUUACGUGAGGCUGCAUGCAAACCUUCACAAAACAAACAAACCCAGGGUAUGGGAAUUGUUUUUCUGGGUAAAACUUUGGGAACGCUGUUGGCCUGUGUUUCAUGAGGUGUACAGCGUCGUUGUUACUGAGGUCCUCCCGCCUGAACGCCUGCCUGAAGGCUGCAGUGUGCUGUGCAUUGACCCACAGUUCAUCCAUCAGGCCUCUGAUGUGCCCUGCCAGUGCUGGGCCUCCUGCUCCCUGAGGUGCUGACCUGAGCUGGGCAUCUUUAUUCCGGAUCUUUCUACUCAGCUUCUUUUGUUUUAACAGGCCAAGCUGGUCAUGGGAGAAAUAUAUUGUCCUAAUGUUCAUUUAAUUUUGAAAAAUUUCUUUUUUUUCUCUAUUGUGUACAAUACGGGAUUGCUAUUGUGUGUCAUGAAGUAUUCUAUGAUUGUUUUGAAAGCAUUUUUUACGGAGUUUUUCAAUGUAUUAUUAAUUGUAAAGUGUACAUUCCCAAAAAUAUGCAACGUGUUAUUUAUUUUUUAGAAUACAGAGAUUCUAAGAUUCUAAUCUAUUGUGAACUUGUACCAUUGCUCCGUAUAGUAUAUUUUUGUAUUCCCUUUUAUGAUCCAGGUGAUUUUCAUGUCACAUACUGUACACUAUAAAAGCAAUCCGAUUCUCAUAUAUCUACUGUAAUGUUGUGUGUAUAUAGAUAUAAAAAUAUAUACAUUUGUACAUAUUUUAUUGGAGCAACUGCGGACCUUCUCUUUCUUAAAAAAAAAAAGAUUUUGUACUGAAAAUGCAUAUUGCAUUUUAUCUAGAGGUUGCUGAAAUUAAAAAUGUAAUGGGAUAUUCCA